CACUCUCUUCCGCCGGAAGUGAGGGUCCCGCGUCGAGUUGCGGCGGAAGGGUCGGGUACCUAGUCCGGAUAGCUAGUCUGAGGCCAUUUUGCUAUUAUUCCACCCUGAAGUGCAUUCCGGAGACUGAGGCAGUUAUGCUGGACCGAGACCUCGGUCCAACCCCGUCUUACCCUGCUACGUAUCCGGAGCCCAAUAUCGGAAGACACACACCCUAUAUGUCACAACCCGAGUUCAGGAUCUAUGAACUCAACAAACGUCUCCAGAACUGGACAGAGGAGUGUGACAACCUUUGGUGGGAUGCUUUCACCACGGAAUUUUUUGAAGACGAUGCGGUAUUGACUGUGGCCUGCUGCCUAGAAGAUGGACCGAAAAGAUACACAAUUGGCCGGACCCUAAUCCCUCGCUAUUUUCGUAGUAUCUUUGAUGGUGGAGCAACAGACCUUUAUUUUAACUUGAAGCACUCAAAAGAAUCAUUCCAUGGCAAUCUGGUGAUAUUGGACUGUGAUCUGUGCAGCAUGGUCACACUACACAACAAACCUAUCUUCACCAAGGUGUGUACAGAAGGUCGCCUCUACCUUGAAUUUACCUUUGAUGAUUUGAUGCGCAUAAAGAAUUGGCAUUUUAAUAUCAGACAAAAUCGUGAACUCCUCUCACGCAGCAUCCUUGCAACGCACGCCCAGGAUCCUCCAAUGUUGGAACAGCUAUCCAAUAGUAUCACCCGCUCUGGCCUCUCGAACUUCACUCUUAACUACCUCAGACUCUGCGUAAUUUUGGAGCCAAUGCAGGAACUGAUGUCAAGACACAAAACCUAUAACCUUAGCCCUCGAGACUGUCUGAAGACCUGCCUGUUUCAGAAGUGGCAGCGGAUGGUGGCUCCUCCCGCGGAACCCGUCAGACCUCCAACUGCUAAGCGGCGAAAGAGGAAACAGUCCGGGGGCAACACAUCCAGUGUGGGGCCGUCCACAAACAGCAGCGGGGGCAGUAAAAGAAAGAGCAGUCCUGCCACGGGCUUCAGUCUGUCCAGUCAGGUACCUGACGUUAUGGUUGUGGGUGAGCCAGCACUAAUGGGUGGGGAGUUCGGUGACGAGGAUGAGCGCCUAAUCACGCGGUUAGAGAACGGCCAGUAUGAUGCAGCCAAUGGUAUCGAUGACGAGGACGACUUCCAUAACUUGCCAACCUUGGGGAGUAGCAGUCCUUGGAACAGUAAAACACCAUCAAGCCAGGAGAGCAAGUCUGACAACCCUGCGUCUCAGUAAUGGUAUUGAGAGUUUUAGUAACUUAAGAGUUACAGGGACUCUUGCAUUCGAAGGUUUAACCCAGUUGUGACAGUUGUGGAAAAAAUUUGCUGCUUAAACAGUGAUCCAGGGCAUAAAGUAAGUGUAUUAAGUUUUUUAGAGGUGAAACUGUGUCCAUUUGGAGAGUACGUGGACCAUGUGGGACAUUAGCCAGGGUCACAAGGGCUAGGUUCAGUGCCCAGUCUUGUCUGCCUGUUUGGAAAACGGACGUGAAAACCAGACUUCGUUCCUGCUUCUUAUUUCUCUCCAAUGGCCACGAGCACUGAAAGUGGGCUUGGGUUGAUCAGACAGCUAGAAGCCAGAAAUGCAGUUCACUCGUGAUGUACUGUGCUUGACUGAAGAGUCACAGUGAAGAAUCACAGUGCCAGUGAAAUUCUUCCACCAGUAAGGACUAGGGUGACAGCAGAAGUUCACAAAGGGAAAAGGUCGACCUUGUAAGCAUUGGUCAGCAUUGGCCUCUUUACCAGUUUUGAAUUCAAAUUGUAGCCUCACCUUCAGUUCUAUUGGCACUCAUUCAGGGAUUUCUUCUUGAUGUCUAAGAGGAGUUUAGCUUAAGCACGGCCCUCAACUGGACUGCCAGUGGAUUGAAUAAAGGGAGCUUUAUUAAUCCAUAUGAAGUGCUUCCCUCCUUAUCUCAUCCCGUUUGCACAGGGAUAGCUGACUGUUUUUGAAUGUACGUUUGGUACUUUUCCAUUCUGAAACUUGGUGAAGAAAAACCUGGGUCUGUGUUUUUCCAGGCCUUUCAGAACAUUUAUUAAACUAAGUUUAUAAUUAUGAGUUGCGAGAAACCAAAAAUGGUCAGAUUAAUUGUAUUUCCAUUUAUUUUUGAAAUGCCACAGCACUAAGCUCAUACUCAAGGAGGUGGGGAUGACCCAGACUCCCUUCCUAGAACACAAGGAUUUUUUCUCUUAGGGAAUUUAAUGCUGAAUUAUUUCUGUGCUUUCCUUUAUAUUUAGCCCAGUCAAGUAGGGGUGAACAUUUUUGGAAUGCUGUGUUGAGUUUGCUGGAACAUCCUAGCCAAGUUUUUUUUUAAAACAGUGAUAAUUGGGGUUAUGUUUCAGUUCACCUGAAGUUUCGAUUUAAUGCACUUAUCUUUGCCCUGCUAUCAACUGACGUUUCUGUGCUGGUGUGUUGUAUAACAUUGUUAAUGUCAAAUGCUGAUGAAUUGAUUUUACUACAUUGAACAGGUUGCUUUUUGUCUUGUAUGGUUUAUUUUAACCGAAGUUGUUUUCAUCCCCAUUGUCAAAGGUUGAAGGGCAAUUAAAAAUUGCUUUUUGAGUUCCAUUGGGUUUUCAAAUAGUUGCAAGUAAACCGAACAGCAGAACAUUUCCCGCUGUCAUUUUGUGUCACCUAUGAAGCAAAUCUGGAAAUAUAGAUCUGUCACAGAAAUCUCAUUCUCUUCUCUCUCUCGCCCACCAGCUCAGCAGGUACAGAGGUUCUGGGAUUUCUUUGAGGUUUUCAGGAUUCCCAGAACUUGCUGAAAUGCUGAGACGUAAGACAUAGGAGCAGGGUUAGGCCAUUCAGCCCAUCAAGUCUGCCCUGACAUUCUAUCAUGGCUGAUUUAUUAUCCCUCUCAAACCUAUUCUCCUGCCUUCUCCACAUAACCUUUGAUUCCCUUACUAAUCAAGAACCUGUCAACCUUCACUUUAAAUAUAUCCAUUUACUUGGCCUUGACAGCCAUUUGUGUCAAUGAGUUCCACGGAUUCACCACCCUCUGGCUAAAGAAAUUCUUCCUCAUCUCUGUUCUAAAGGGAUGUCCUUCUAUUCUGAGUGAUUACUUCGUGGUCAGUUUUUCUUUUUGUAAUUUUUAUUUCUCCCAUCUGUUUAGAUCCUCCAUGCCAUGCAUCAUUCUUAGGCUGAGAGGACAGAUCCCUGAUCCCAGGCCUCCGUCAAUGUCGCUGUUGACCGGCAGCUGAGAGGUGUGUGUGAGAGAGCGGUUCAGGGCAAUCCACAAUGGCUGCCACUCACCGUCUCCCUGGCACUGCCAGGAUGAGACCCGGGACUCGCUACAUGGAGGGUUGUGGGUGCUGAACUGUGUCCGGUCAGUCCGCAGCAUGGUGUCUAGGAGUGCAAGCACACUGCACGACUCUUAACAACCAUUGUCCUGUUUCCUGUUACGUAGAUAGUGAUUGGCAACCAUGACAACACAAGAAAAAGUUAAACUCAUUGAAGGGAAAUACUACAUCUGAUUACAAUUUGGAUCGAUUGAGUAAAUGCAAGUGGAUAAAGGAACUCAGUGGAAGGAUCUGUCCAUGUCAUGUUGACUUGACACUAACUGAAACCAUGCACACCAAGUGACAGGUUAGAUACUGGCAUCAUGUGUAGGUUCACUGUACAGUGGUGUGUAUGUUGGAGCUGUGCAGAGGGUUCCUGUCUCCAUGCUGGCACACACACACACACACACACACACACACACACACCUUAAUGUCACUGAAAUUGGACUCAACUUUAUGUUUUAAAAAACAGAAAAUACUGGAGAAACAAUGGGCAGAAUGGUCAAAAUAGCAUGAUUGAGAAUUCUUUAUGGUGUUUCCUCUGGGUUUAGACCAUAAGACAUAGCAAAUUAGGAAAAACUGCCAUUGUGUUUGCUCUGGCAUUCCAUCAUGGCUGACUUAUUAUCCCUUUCAACCCCGUUCUGCUUGCUUUGGGCUCUUAGCUCCAGUGGAGCAUAGACCAUCAGUGACCUCCCAUCUCCAUCGUCCUCUGAAGUCGAUGGUCUGGUUGGAGUUCAUCAACGCUUCUGCAUCCACUGUACAGGGGAUUGGCCUAUACAGCUUCACUGGAAGCCUGUUGGCUGGCCUUACCCAUUUCCACCUCUCAAGGCGGGGAUGUAGGGUUGGACUUUGAGAAGCUAUAAUCCUGCCUUCUCCUGUAACCUUUGACCUCCUUACUAAUCAAGAACCUAUCAACGUCUGCUUUAAAUGCUCAGCAUGGACUAGGGCUGAAGGGCCUGUUUCUGUGCUGUACUUUUCUAUGACUCCAAGUAUACCCAGUGAUGGCAUCCACAGCUAUCUGUGGCAAUGAAUUACACAGAUUCACCACUCUCUGGCUAAGGUAAUUGCUCCUCAUCUCUAUUCUGAGGCUGUGCCCUCUGGUCUUAGACUUCCCCACCAUAGAAAACAUCCUUGCCACAUCCACACUUUCACAUCAAUAGAUUUCAAUUAUAUCCCCUUCAUUCUUCUAAACUCCAGUGAAUACUGGCCCAGUUUAAAGGGAUGGAAGUUAUCCCAAAGGGAAAUUUUAAAAAAUCAAGAAAAUAUCUGCUUAAAGACAUUGAACGUUUCCUUUGCCAACAUAAACAGCUGACCAGUGUGACACCAAGAUGGCAAUCUCCAGUCUUCUGCACAUCUCAUACUUUAGUUAUGUUAGUACUGAAGCUUUUGUUCUGGGAGACAGACAGAGGUCUGGAACACCUUCUGUUUGCACACUGGGAUCCUCAGUACUCAGCUACUCUUUUUAUUAACUGUUAAUAAUUUAUGGCUAUCUUUAUUAUCCAGAGUCAGAUUUGAUUCCUAUGUGUAAAUAUAUGAUUGUCCACUUCAGAUGAACUCCCAACUCACCAUGUGCUUUGACGUGAUCACUAAAUGUUCUCCAAGUCACGAACACUUUUCUAGAGCAGGUUCUUGGGUACAGCCAGCAUCUGAUCAGCAUGCCUAUUUACUUGUGCCCGAGGAGAACAGCCUGGUCACUGUCACCAAACUGGUGUCCUUGUGUGUGAUGGACGAACAUAAACUCAGGAGAUCCUGCACGUGCUGGAAAUCCAGAGUAACUACCACACACACACACACACAAAAACAAUGCUGGAGAGACUCAGCAGGUCAGGCAGCAGCUAUGGAGGGGAAUCAGGACUGGUGAAGGUUCUCAAUCCAAAAUGUCAGCUCUUUAUUCCUCUCUGUAGAUGCUGAGUACCUCCAAUGCUUUGUGAUUAAUAAUUCAUACUUGUUCCUCAGAGUCCAAAGUUCAAAGUAUAUUUAUUAUCAAAGUAUGUAUACAUCAUACAUCCUUGAGGUUUGUCUCCUUACAGGCAGUCACAAAACAAGAAACCCAAAAGAACCCAUUAAAAAGGCUGGCAAACCCUCAAAGUGCAAAGAGAGAGACAGAGAAAAAAUAAUUGUGCAAACCAUAAAAGUAAGCAAAUAGUCUGGUCAAUUGGUGAGGACAGCCCAUCAGACUGAUAUACCUCAGUGGGUGAGAGAUCUUGUGUCCCUACAGGAUGUUCAAUAAAAUGAAUUAUGUUCAGUGCAUUAGCCUGAGAUUGGUUUGGAUUUUGUUACCUCUCCAUUGUUCAAAAAACUCUGAGAAUAUAUGUACACCAGCAAAGAAUAAAUAGUACAGCAUAUUUCUCUCUGUGAUACAGAGCUUUUAGAUGUUGGAAGGGAACUGUUAGGAAGCAAAGGUGGUGUCUAACUUUCCUGCUUCUGUGUCUUAAAGUCUGAGAUCUGUUUCUGAAUUUGCAGCCUUUUGUCAUUAAGACAUCCAGCUAAAAGCCGUCUAGCUCUACAAGACCAAUAUUUCUGCUCCUAUUAACUUUAGAAAGGAGAGCAUUGAAUUAGGUAAGACCAGAUGAUUAGAAGGAAUGAGAGAACAGUGUACAUGAGCAGUUUGUCUCCACCAUUGCAGACAUUCUAAAUUGCCUAAACUGUUUUUUCUUUGCAUCCAUGUUGCAUUUCAUGCUUCUGCUACAAAUGAUUAUUUUGUCUCUGCUAGUAGUAUUCCUUUUCCAUUUUUCUGCCUGUGUGAAUCCCAUCAAUUUAGUGAGUUUUGAUUAAGAUGCAUACCAGAAUAAAAUACAGUACACUUGCACCACACCCUGUGCUUUCUCUCCUGUUCAUUAGUGUUAUGUGUAAAAGUUCAGUUCGUUUCUGGUUUUGCAUUCGUGGUUAUGUACUUGUGUUGACAGGAAUCCUAUAUCCAUCUGUCUUUCAGCUUAGAUCUUCAUUCUGAAUGUCAUGAACAUAGGUUUCUCUGACUUCCAGUAAUUUAUUUUUCCUUUUAUUUUUCCAUUCCCAAUUCUUGGCUCCACUCUUACACCAUCUCUUCUCCUUAUCUCUCUCCGAUGCCCCUUUCUUCCAUGGUCCACUGUCAUCCUUCAGCCCUUUACCUCUUCCACCUAUCACCUGCCAGCUUCCUAUCUCACCUACCUUCCCCUCACCCCAUUUCAGCUAUCACCUGCCAACUUCUCACUUCAUCCCUUCCCUCUCCCACCGACAUACCUUCCCCUUCACCUGGUCUCACCUGUCACCUGCCAGCUUGUACUCCUCCUCCUCUCCCCCACCUUCUUACUCUGGCCUCUUCCCCCUUUCCAGUCCUGAUGAAGGGUCUUCACCUGAAACUUUGACUGUUUAUUUCCCUCCAUGGAUGCUGCCUGACCUGCUGAGUUCCUCCAGCAUUUUGUGUGCGCCAUCCAUCAGUCAUUGUUCGCACUGAGCCAUAUAACAAGCUCUUUAAUGUUGUUAAAGCAAAAAUUAUUCCCCAAACUAGGAGCCUACAAUCGUCACGAGUACAAAGGGGUUCUGUUAAUUCUCUAUAUAAUCACUGUGUGGUGCUAUUUACUAAAUCAUUCUCUAAUAAAGUGUUACAUGACAAAAAUCACUGCUAACCCUGGAGUUUUCGGUGUUUUCGUCAUUGAAAGGUGGUCAUUGGCCUGAUAUUGGUAAGCUUUCAAGUAUCCUCUAGGACAUUGGGUAUAUAUGCAUAGCAGGACAAUGGGCUGGCAGGUGUAAACAACAUUUUAACUUUUUCCUUGAUUCUGUUGACCCCCCCUUAAGGAAGUUGGGUUAUAAGUCAGGGAAGGUAUGUUGCUUUGGGCAGUAAAUGUGCUGAUACUUUACCAAACCCUUCACUUUGAAUCCAGGCCACUCCAGGACAGUAGUGCCCUGAUGUCACAGUUGAGAGAGGGUACUAAUAAACUGUAAAGAAAUUUAACUCUAGGAUUAAAGAAACCCAUUUGGUCUUGCCUCUGCUUUUUCUUGUCUGAUCCAUAACAUGUCAUUCUCUCCUCUACCCUUUAGUAAUCUGUGAAAUCCUGUGUGACAUUUGACCUGGAAUCUCCUGCAGAGUGGCAGGAAUAUGUAAAUAUGUUGGGCGUGAGAUGAAGUGAUGACUGUAGCCCACUUUUACAUUUCUGAACAUGUGAAAUAUAUAACCUGCUUUUUAUACCAGAUCACUAUGGACUAGAACAUUGAGUUCUUGUUGGUUUGACUCAUUACAAAUUGUUAAACUAUUUGAAUAAAAACUUUUCU